AAAACACUCCAUCUGAUUAAAGUUCAAUCUUUACUUUCUCUACAUUUAAAAAUUGACAUGUUUUGAAAUCAAAAAUGCAAAAGAUUUUCCUUUAAGGAUUGCUUUAAACAUGAAGCUGCGUGUAUUGUACAACAUUCAGUGUCCGACAAACUGGUAAUGGACAUAAACAUGAGCAGGACGAAAAGUAUCAAAUAUCUCCCAGUGUGCUUUCAGAAAAUGCCACGACUGAUCAUUUUACAUCAUCACACAGCCCACUGAGGAGUCGAGUGCACCCGGUGCUACACUGCACACUCAGCGAGGUUUGCAUACUAAAAGACAGAAGUCAGGAUGGUGAGAGCUCACAGAGGACAGGCGGGGGGGCUACCCUGACCGAACCUCGAGACAUGUUCCCAAACCUACAUGGAUUGUUUUAUUAAACAUCUGAACAGCAGGUUUGAACCUCCAUCCCUCAUCUUUUUUGUUCUGGAUGAAGACAGAACAUGGAAUUUGGAAAGACGCUUGAGCAUUCAUCCCAUGUACAACUUGCCUUCAUAAUCUGGACUUGUGCACUCGUGACAUUAUGUCUGAGUAAACACCAUCGUCCCCUUUAACAAUUUCACUUGAAUAAAAAGAAAUUCUAAUUUCUGGAGAGCUACUAACUUCUGGUGAGAAAAGGCAAUAAGAUGGACUCUCCACCACUGAUCAGAACUUGUGCUGAGUGCGAAGCAGGGACUUUGGGAGUACUGGGCAGAGCAGGAUUCAGCAGGUCAGUUUAGACAUGGGGAGGGCUACAACUCAUCAGAGUCACACUACACAACACACACCGAACACUGAAGGUGACAGGAGAUGGCAUAGGGAGGAACUUGUGAGGAGAGGACUCAUAAGAUAAUCAAUCGUAACAUAAGAUGUACUUUCAAACAAGAACUGAAAAGAAAAGCUCAACAAUGCAUGCCAAAUUGUCACAGAGACACAAAUUAACUCUCGAAGGAUUAGGUGCUGACCAAAAACAGGCAGUAGAGGUUUUUUUUUGCUUUACCUCCUGUGUUUAGGCCUGUGUAGAUGGCAUGUUUACCAACAUAACAUCUACACGUUUGCCUGCUGCGUCUCAUCAUCAAAUACAUUAAGUUGAAACAACAGAGGAGGAAAAUGUCAAGUUUGACUUGAGAGUCCAACCUGCAAUCGGGCAACAACACAUUCAUGUAUUCUUGAAACACACCUUAAACUGUGCUAAGCAAAAAGAAAGAACAAAUGUUUAAAAGCACUCAGUAAAAAUGUAUGAAACAGACAGGUAGAGGGGCAUUCGGUGAAACUGAGAGAAACAGCAUGUUGCUGGUUCCAGAUAGGGGAUGGUUUGGAGUCUGUUGUUUUUUUAAUAAGUUUUUCAACACCUUCUACCUAGCUGUUAAAUGUCUCGGGCCAAUUUUUCCAGCGUACCAAAACCUCACGGCACAUGUCCUGCCACCAUACAGAGCCUCUUGGGGUAUUGUAGUGUAUUGUUUUUGGACACGAUGUGCUAUAAGUAAAAGAUGAUAUUAUUAUUAUGGUAAAUGCUAUUAGACUCUUCAGUCUAAUAACAGUAAAACCAGAUGUGAAACAUACGUAUAAAAUACAUAAUGGUAUAAUAUGUAUGAAAUCUAUCACAAAAUAAAGAGGGUAAGAUGUGGAGCAAAAAGUUUGAACAUGUGUGGACGUGUUCUCUGUAAAAGAUGGCCUGAUGAUCACUUAAUGCGCACGUCUUCUGUAAAGUGUUCCAGGGGUGAAAUAUGAUAACCUGAUGUUAUGCUCUGACCAACAGAUUGAGAAAAGUUUAACCGCGUCAAAACUGCCACUCCUAUCAUACGCCCUAUAGGCGUGGAAAAAUGACCGACGCUCACAGCAUAAAAAAUGGUGCACAGCUCAGUAUCUUCAGUUCUUCUUCUGGUGUUAUCACUGCUAAGAAUUACUCCUGGAUUUAUUGUUUUUUGGUUGACAAAUAAAUCCUGCUGCCCUUCGAAUGCUGACUUCUCUUGGUGAUUUUUUGAAGACUUCAUUUACACUUCAGUAUCCGGGGUUGAGGAGCUUGGUACUCUCGGAGGAAAGCCUGUGAACCACUUGUAAGCUGGAAUAAUUUAGUUGCAUUUAUGGCUGACAGACGUAGUCCUCAAGUGAAGCCGGAGCUGCUAAAACAAGUCACCGGCAAUCUCUUAGACUGUCCCAACGAUGAGGCGCUGGCGCACUGCAUUAGUGCGGACUGUCGCAUGGGAGCGGGCAUAGCGGUGCUGUUUAAACAGAAGUUUAAAGGUGUUUCUGAGCUACUGAAACAGAGGAAGGCGCCCGGUCAAUGUGCUGUGCUGCUGAGAGAAGGCCGUUUCAUCUACUAUCUAGUUACAAAACAAAGAGCCUUUCAUAAACCCACAUACAGCAGUCUACUACACAGCCUUGAGGAUAUGAGGUCACAUUGUAUACGGAACGGAGUACACAAGCUGUCGAUGCCUCGGUAUGUGAACGAUGUGGUAUCCCCGGUAUGAUAGUAUCAACAGUGAUAACGGCUGAUUGUCUGUCCUCUCUUGCUGUGUGUUCUCACAGUAUUGGCUGCGGCUUGGAUCAACUGGAGUGGACCGAGGGAGCCAAGAUAUUGGAACAGUCUUUAUGGGCACUGGCAUUACCAUCACAAUAUACAGCCUUCCUUGGACAGCAGCAUCCAUGAACUAGCUACCAAUGGAUUGUCCAAAUGUUGCUUGCCAAUGCUAGGAAACAAAUAUUGGCUACGUAUCUACAAUAAAGAGAUGUACUGUAUGAACUGUCUUUAUUGUGUUCUGGGUCAACCCCUGUU